UAACAUGUUAUCACAAUUAGCGCAGCCAUUUCUUUUAUAAACAACAGAAAGACCGUUCUAAGUCUUUUAAAAUUUGUAAUUACGCAGUAAUUUAGACACACAAAAAUAAUGCUCGUAAAAUUCUGGAGUCUCCGCACCGCUCUGUGCUUGGCACUAUUUUUAAGAAUAGAGGCGGAACUGUCCGUAGAAAAAAAUGCUUAUCAAAAUGUGGUGGUGUCGUUUUCAUCGAAAUUACCCCCAGAAGAUGGCAUCAGUUUAGUGGACUCCAUGCAGAAAAUCUUCAAUGAAGCUUCAUCAGUUCUUCAUACAGCAGUUGGUUUGAGGAUUGGAAGUGUGACUUUUCAUUUGCCUCGGACAUGGAAUUCUUCCCAUUGGUCAAAUGUUGGUUCUGUUUCAUCUUACAAUGCAAAAACUGAACCAGAGAUUCAAGUGACGUCAUUGACAGACAGUGCAUUCGGAAAACAACCUAUCGCCCACCAGUAUGGAGGCUGUGGAGUUUCUGCCCUUGGGAUAUCGAUUCCCAGUGAAUUCUUAUUGGCUGAAGAAGAAUCGUUUCCAAAAGGAAAAACUCUGGCAAGAGAAUGGUUGAAAUAUCGAUAUGGAGUUUUUGAUGAAAAUGGUUUUCUAGAUGAUCCUAUGUAUCCCACGCAUUACACCAUUCCCGGCAGUGACGAAAUUCAUAGUACUGACUGCACAUCUCCAAAAAUAGGUUAUUCAAUCAUGUAAGGAUGGCUGUACUUU